CGGUUGUCAGGCCCAGAGCUGGUCCGUCCGUCGUCCGGCCGACUCCGAGCGUCGGAGCAGCGGAUAUUUCGCGCGAGAUAUAGACCCAUAAAACACGCACGCGUGUACGUGCACGUACGCGCGAUCGCGCACACGCACGCACGCACACACACACACACACACACACAUACACACACACGCACACACAGGCACAUAUACACACACACACACACAUAACACGCACGCACAUUGUGUGUACGGGACGUAUCCGCGCGCGCGCGCGCGCGCGCGCCCGUCAGCCGACAGAGAGCCGGUGUCGUCGCGCACGUGUGUAUCGCGAGCCAGCAGUGGACACGCACCGUCGUCGCGCCGCGCGUAUCCCCGGUUUAACGCGUUUACCCGGAUCGAGAAUGCCGCCGGCCUCCUCGCGUCGCCAUACGGUCGCGAUACGCCCGCGGACGAACCGACCGCGUCGAGCGGCAGUCGAAGCAGCGUGAGUACCGGGUGUGUGUUGUGAGCGGUCCAUACGCGAGAACUGCGAGAGAAAGAGAGAAAGAGGGAGAGAGGGAGACCCGGCCAGACGACAGCCGAGACAACAACGACGACGACGACGACGACGGCGACGACGACAGGGAGAGGGAGAACAAGCGCGGACCACGUGCGAGCCGCAUCGCAGUGAGCGAGGAGGAUUCUCGGGGGUAAUCUCAGUGCGCGAAAAAAAAUCUCAGUACGUCGUGCGUCCUGUUCGCGGCGAAUUCGCAGGGAAAGAGAGAUCCCGUCUGGUGGGGGAUGGGUUAGGGGAUUCAACGACCAACGGUGUGCGUCAGCCUCUAUGGAUUACUGGCCGAGUUGACACGCUCACCGGCGGCCGGCGGGCGAGAGAGAAAGAUAAAAGAUAGAGAGUGUGCGAGACUCUCCCUUCGGGGGUGAAACGCUUCGCGAAGUGCCAAGUCGCGGGGGGGUAGGGCGAGAGACGAGCGGCUGUCUUCACCUGGACAGUUGGUGCCCGGUGAUGGUGAGAUACGGCGGUACCCGUUGCGCUCUCUCGGCAUCUCGGACUGUCGCGGAAUCGAGAUAGUGAGGGACAGUCGCGGGGAAAGGGAGAGCUCGAGGAAGACAUGCUACGGUUCGCACCCUCGACGCUGCAGCGACGUCGCCAACCGCCGUUGUCCCGCCGACGACGUCUGGACUGACCACGCAUUCGUCCGCUUUCCGUCGUCGGGAUCCCGAAGACGAAGAGGAGGAGGAGGAGGAGGAGGAGGAGACGGAGGAGGAAGAGGAGAAGGAGGAUCCGCGAGAACGAGUGUCGCGAAACCCGUCGUCGACCCGACGACGACGACGACGACGACCGCCUCCUUCUUCGACGGAGUCCAAGUGUCGUGCCUGGGAGCAGCAGGAGAGUGCGGCGAAAACUGAUUUAACCUGAGUCGGAGGGAUGUCACGGAGAAAGCAGGCCCGACCGAGUCGUGCUCAUCUCGAGGAGGAUCUUGUCCAGAGGCCCCUGUUGACCAAUCCCAUUGGAACUGUCGCAGGCAAUAUCCGAGAAGAAAAUGACUUUACAUCAGAUGGAGAAGAAAGCGGGGGUGGGGGAGGAGGUGGUGAGGAAGCCGUGGAUCUCACAGCGACGAGAUCUCAUCAGGGUGACGAUGAUCCUAUGGAAGAGGAUGAGGAAGAAGGUAUUGACGAGCAAGAUGAACAGGAUGAGGACGAGGAGGGCUCGCGUAAACAGAUUCAUCACCGACAGGACGCGGAGAACAAUAAUAACUUUGUGGAGAGCGGCCUACCUACCGCUAUAUUCCCACCUGCUGGAACUAGUCACGUCACUCUCGAAGCCCUACAAAAUACAAAAGUGGCGGUUGCCCAGUUCGCUGCCACUGCCCUCACUGGGGCAGACAGCGAAGCGGCGCUACAAGACCUGGCAUUUCUGGAGAACACGCUGUGCACCCUUCAGAAUCAACAGGUAUUACAAUUACAGCUGAUUCGACAACUUCAGCAGCAAUUAUUGAUCACUCAUGGGCAAUCGGUAAUGCAAUCGUCAACGACGGAGCCAACCGAUAGCAAAGAGACUUCAUCGUCUCCUAUUAUUCAUCCGAAACCAUUAUCGAGUCUCACAUCACCUCCUUCUUCUCGUCCGCCGAGUCAUCAUCAGCAAACGUCACCGGCGCCGCUGACGCCGAAUCUGCUUCAGGAACGGCCAACCUCGACGAGCAGCGCCUCUCCUUUAAAUCUACCCCUAUCUUCGUCCGGCGCGACAUCAACCGUCAUCACGACCACCAGCAGCCAAAUACCGAUGCCGCAUCAAAUGCCGCCACUUUGCUCGAUAAGCGCUUCCCUCGCUUCAUCGAUCAUAACGAACACCGAUCCGCCGCCGCUUCACGAACCAAACACGCUGGACAUUCUUCAAAAGCGUACGCAGGAGGUAUUGGAUAACGCGAGUCAAGGACUGGCCAACAAUUUGGCUGACGAGCUCGCGUUUAGAGGCAAGGGCUCGCGACUAUCUCCUUACGAUUCGAAAUCAAGCGGUGGUCGCGGCGAGCCCUUCUUCAAGCAUCGAUGUCGCUUCUGUGGCAAAGUCUUCGGUAGCGAUUCGGCGCUACAAAUCCACAUACGAUCCCACACAGGUGAGCGACCCUUUAAGUGCAACGUAUGUGGCAGUCGGUUCACGACCAAGGGCAACCUGAAGGUCCACUUCCAAAGGCAUACGGCCAAAUUUCCACACGUUAAGAUGAAUCCGAAUCCCGUUCCAGAACAUUUAGAUAAAUAUCAUCCACCCCUCUUACAGCAAAUCGCUUCUGGGCAGAGGCCGAUGCCGUCUCCGCCGCCGCCGCCGCCACCACCGUCCUCUCAUCAUCCCCCGUUUCAUCCAGCAACAACGCACGGUUUCCUCCCGCCACAACCGCCCAUACCUCUGAGUCUCACCUUAUCCAAUAUGACGCCCCUUUAUCGAUCUCCAGUUAUUAAUCACCGGGACGAUCAGGACGUGCCGGAGAAUCUUAGUAAACCCAUAACCACCGCUCCUCAGACGUCUCCCACUUCUCCCGCUGCUAUAUUGAAUUCUCGUCAUUCCUUUCACGACAAUCUCCAUCAACAACAUCAAAAGCAACAGCUUGAGCAAAGAGAAGAAAUAAAAAUCGAGCAGAGAUCGCCUGGACAGGAACAGUACCAACAACGACCGAUGAGCCGGGAAGGUGCCGAGCGAAUAACACCAAAAAGAGAACCCGAAGAAACGGAAGAACCCCCUGAGGAAGAGAGCGAAGAUUUUGAAGAAACCACGAGACGGUAUCUCAAUUCACCUCAAUCCGUGAAUCCACCAUCCCAGCCUCAAACAUACGAAGAUUGUAGUAUGGACAGCAAGAUCAGUGGCCGUCUAGAGGGCGACGGAGAGAUGGAAGUAGACGAGGAAACGGAGGAGCAACCUGAAAAUCUUUCAGGGAGAGGUACGAUCAAUCGUUUGCCCCAACAGAUCGUAGCAUAUCCGGGAGCAUCGCCAGCCAGCAGUAGUGCGAGUAGCGGUAGUCUGCAAACAUCUUUUGCCGGAAUCUUAUUUCCUGGUCCCCCAUCUCAUCACCAAAUUCCUCAUCUUCCUGUUACUACACAAGCGGGCUCGAUUACGACAGGCGGAAAUGAAAUGAUCGAUCCAGCCAAGGAUCCAGCGAUUUAUUCGAGUUUACUACCGCGGCCAGGCAGUAAUGACAAUUCCUGGGAGAGUUUGAUCGAAAUAACAAAAACUUCAGAGACGUCCAAGCUGCAACAACUAGUCGACAAUAUCGAGCACAAACUGAGCGAUCCUAAUCAGUGCAUCGUUUGCCAUAGAGUGCUCUCAUGCAAGAGCGCAUUAUUGAUGCAUUAUCGCACUCAUACCGGCGAACGCCCUUUCAAGUGUAAAAUUUGUGGUCGCGCCUUCACGACGAAGGGCAAUUUGAAAACUCACAUGGGAGUGCACAGAGCUAAGCCACCACUGAGGGUAUUGCACCAGUGUCCUGUAUGUCACAAGAAAUUCACGAACGCUCUCGUAUUGCAACAGCACAUACGUCUUCAUACUGGGGAACCCACCGAUCUUAGCCCGGAACAGAUUCAAGCCGCGGAAGUAAAUGAAUUCCCACCCGGUUACCAUCCACUGGCAUCUUUUCUUCCACAAGGAUUUCCAUCGAUACAUCCGACUAGUGCAAGCUUCCCCUUAGGAUUCCCUCCAUCAAGGCAAGCGGCCCUUGAGCAACAAUCGCAGGAAAGUGAUGUCGAAGCGAAAGAGGACUCUCUGCAUCAACGACAAAGAUUUAUGGAGGAGCACAGCGAAGAGACAGAAGAUCAAGAGGACGAGGAGCAAGAUCACAGAGAGGAUGACGAAAGGUGCGAAUUAAAUCGCGAUAGGCGUAGUGUCGAUGUUGAAGAAGAGCACGAUCAUGAAAGCGAGGAUAUGUCCGAGCACAAAGAUGUAACGCUUCCUAUAUUUUCGACUUCAUUGGCGGCGCUUGAGAAUCAAGUAAGGACCAUCACGACGACAGCGACCACGAGUACGAACAUGGCCAGGUCGCCAUCCUUUCAUCGGUACAACGGUAGUGAAAAGAGCACUAGCCCGCCGACUUCCGGGGCCCCGCUCGAUUUGACACCCCGUGCUUCGUCUACGCCAGCGUCAGUGGCUUCCGCAUCGCCGACACCGCCACCUCAGACCAUGCCGCAUCAUCCACCGAAUCCCUUCGGCAUGUUCGCGGGUCUACUGCAAGCGGUCUCGUCUGCUCCUACUACCAGCACGAUAGGCACGUCGAACAUAAACAGCGUCACCUCGAUGAAUGCCAUCAAUCCGGGUAGCGGACCCGGUAGUGGACCACUAGCCUCGCUGACCACUUCGGCCGUACUAGCCGCAUCAUCGACCUACAAUCCGCUCGGCCUAGCUGUCGGAGGCCCAGCAGUACGUGGCAACACCACAUGUAAAUUCUGCUACAAGACGUUUGCGUGCCAAUCUGCAUUGGAGAUUCAUUACCGGAGUCAUACGAAGGAGCGACCUUUCAAAUGCACCAUAUGCGAUCGAGGUUUUUCUACGAAGAACGACGAUUCUGGUCAGCAAGUAUGUUCCUGCGCGGACCAACCCUUUGCCGCGAAGGGUCCGAUCCUCCCACAACCCAAUCCCCAAUAUCGCUCGUACCCUGCGAGAUCGGCUGCCGGAAAUAGCGAGAAACCGAAACGCAGGCGGCGGCGGCCUGAGGAGCGGAAGAACCGGGGGCGGACAGGAACAGGAGGGGGGCGAAGGCUGACGUCUGUUUUUCCUGCCGUCCGCCUGCCCCCGCUGAUGCCACCCGCCCUCGGACUUCUACCCUCGGACCACGUCUUCCUGGGUAAUAUGAAGCAGCAUAUGUUGACUCACAAGAUUCGCGAUAUGCCGCCACAUCUGUUCAGCGACCCCAAGCAUCAACAGCAGCAGCAGCAACAACAGCAGCAGCAACAACAGCAGCAGCAGCAGCAACAACAACAGCAGCAGCAGCAGCCGCCGCAACAACAGCAGCAGCAAGAUCGGGAAACCUCCAGAAGUCCAAUGUGUGUCGACGAUUCGAGCCUACCGCCUCCACCUCCACCACCUCCUCCACCCCCGCCGAUGCCACCGACGUCCAUCGACUCCGCGAUUACGGUGAAGAGAUCGCCGGAGGGUGAUCUACCAGCACCGAAAAGACCAGCCAGCCUGCCGAGCAAGCAUUUGUGCCAGAUUUGCAAUAAGAAUUUCUCCUCGUCUUCGGCGCUCCAGAUCCAUAUGAGAACUCACACUGGCGACAAACCAUUCCGAUGCACUGUUUGCCAGAAGGCGUUCACCACCAAAGGCAAUCUCAAGGUGCAUAUGGGUACUCACAUGUUUACCAACGGAACGUCGCGUCGAGGCCGACGGAUGUCGUUGGAUAUACCUCCCCUGCCAAUCACGCCCAAGGACUCGGAGUUCCUGCAACGGCGACCGGACCUUUUUUACCCAUAUCUUCCCGCGCCAUUCCUUAACGGCGUCCAGCAGAAGCUGAACGAGAUUUCGGUGAUUCAGAGUAGCAACGGGUUACCGCCCCAUUCCUUGAGCGCGGGCAAGUACGCGGCAAGCCUCUUUGGCUCGGUGUACGGUGCCGGCGGAGGUGGCUUUUCCCUGGAUGGAAAACAACCGUUGGGUCCGACCAGUAACGGGCCUCUGGUGGAUGGCAAGUCAGCGAUACCCUCGGGAUCCAUGCUCUUCCAAACACCAUCGCCCUCGCACUCGCCUGGGGCGUCGUCCAAUGGCGGUAAUCAGACGUCCGCCAGCGUGACUUGGACCGGCGAUACUCUUCAACAUCACUUCGACCGGGAGACACCGAGCAGAACCGAGAACAACGCCACACCGCCCACGGCGCGGCUGCCACCGCCACCGACGAGGGGAGAGGGAUUAGCUGCGUGAAACCCGACGGAUACAUAUCUUUUCAUUUAACUGCACGAAUGUAUCAAACGCGAUCAUCCGUUCGUAGCGGCUGAAUCAUCGGCGCAUAGAAGAGGCUGAUAAUAUAAUCGAUACAACUCUCACUUAGACUGAAUUAGAGUUUAGAAGAAGAAGAAGAAGUAAAGAAGAAGUUGCAACGAGUGAAUACUGAUAACUGGCGGUCUUGAUCCCGUCAUUCCUCCGUCCCAAUUGGCGAGGUUCACGACUCAUCUGAUCCACACGAUCAUCAGCAGUGAAAACUGGAGUUUUUCAAUCGCGCAGUGAUGCGUGCAGAUGAUUACGCAAAUCCCGAUCGGAGCAGUCAUGAUAAAUAUAUAUAUAUACUUUCUUUUACGUGCUGUAUCCGUGCAUUUCGAGGGAAGACAAUCUUCGGAAAACUGAAAACAAUCGCCUAAUCUCUUCUCGUGUCAGAGAGCACGAUUGGAGCAUGAUCACCAGGACAAUCGCGCCAUCGAACGCGACAUAGUUCGCUGUUGGUGAUCCAGUUGCUUUUGGCAUUUCUCCAUGUAAGAGUGACGACAUAUCCCUACGGCUCUCUCCUCUUCCCUCCCUUCCUCAUUCCUUUCCAUGCCCGGUAGUGGUUUUCAAUGUCUGUAAGCGAAGACACCAUGUUCCUAUUAUCGCGCUAGUCUUAAUAUGCGUAAAAGGGGUCGGUAGAUUCCAUCGAUCCGUCGACGGCUUCCGAGUAGGCUAGGACACCGAGAGUUUCGACCUCGAUUUGGAUCUAAAACUCUCUCGAUACGCGAGAUGGGGGGCUCGAUCACGUCACCGCCGCUGCUUGCGUUCAUCAUUUAUUCAAGUCGAGGCUUCGCGUUUGCUCGAAGCCGCGAUGCGGGCGGCUGGUGAUGAGAUGUUCGCUUAAAUAUUGAUCCCGCGCGCAUACCCGAUCGAGCCUCGUAUAAUGUGCAUCUACGUAUCUACGUACGAUUCGCGAAUUCCUCACAAUCGGGGAUUUGCGUAGGAGGGCACCCGCGCUAGAUGCGGCGCCUAGACUGAGCUCGGCUCGCGAGAGAAGGCGGGCGUAUUAGGCAUAAUACUGGAGCCGCAAGACACGUGGCGUCGCGUCCUUACAACGGGUGUCCCCGACACAGUUCGACCGUCCAUUCGCGACAGCGGUGGUCACCUCUCCGGGUUAUAUCUAAGGCUACGUUAUAAAUACUUAUUAUACAUAACGAUAUAUGAAUAAAUAUCUAUGUAUAUGCAUAUAUAUAUACAAAUGUACAUGGAACUGUACAUGUAUAUAUAUAUGCGUAUAUAUUAUAAAUAUAUAAAUACAUGAUUAUAUGUAUAAUGCGUAUAUAUAUACAUAUGUAUACAUACGUAUAUUAUAUUGAUGCAUUAGAGCGUCAAUUGUGCGAUUGUUGUAUAUACGCGCGAUUGUAUGUAUAUGUGUUGCUUCCGUUUGUUUACGAUGUGCGAUAUGUGUGCGAUGUGUAUGCGUGAUAGAAAAACGGAAUUAGAACGAAACAAAUAUGCGCGGAUGAUAGAGUAUAGGUGUAAUUUAGGAGGCGGGCCCGGCAGCGCCCCUCGCUGUGAUAUGAGAGGAGCAGCCUGCAAUCACUAAACCAAUGUACUUAUAUCUUGUAUCAUAGUAUUAUAGUAAUGAUAAUAAAUUUAUUAUCGUUUACACGCAUGGAUGGACGUAUGCAGGAGAUACAACAUGCAAUACAUUGCGAAUGUCUACGAAUGCCUCGGAAUCAGUGAUUAACUAAAAAAGAAAUAACACUUAGUACUAUUAUUAAUUAAACGUCCAUCCUCUCCAUACAUCAUCGGCGAUGUUUACGUUGUCGUUGUAAAUAUUAAUUAUUAUGAAAUUAUAAUAUUAAUUAAAUUAUAACAAAGAAUAUUAUAACAUUUAUUAUAUUUGUUAUAAAUGUUAUAAUAUUUAUUAUGAUAAUUAUAACCAUAAUAAUAAAGAAUAACAGAUGUAAUAAAUAUUAUAAUAAUAAAUUAUGAGUAAUUAAAUUAUUAUAAUAUUUAUUGUAAUUUUUUAUUAUAAAUUGUUUGUAUUCGUAGGUAUGUUACUCAUAGUAAUUUAUAUUAUUACACAAUUAUUAUACAAUGUUAUUCAUUUAUAUGAAAAAAAUACCGUUUGGUGGAAUGAUUAAAUGACAUCAGAUUUGAUUUAAAAUUUUCGAUAAAUUCCACAAGAGGUUAUUUUUUAUUUUAUUUUGCAAUUUUACAGAUGAUUCAAAACAAAGAUUUGUUGAUUUAAACAAAUAUGAGAGAGAUUAUGACUCAUAUUGGCUAUGUUUUAAUAUAUUUUUUUAAACGCGAUUGUAAUUAUUAUAUUAGAAAGUUAAUUACUCUCUAAAUAAUAAUUUAUAGAAGAAUUUUAAAUAUUAACAUUUUAUCUGUGAUUUUUUAGUAAAUAACCUAUGUCCAUGUAAAAUAUACAUUACUACGACAUUCGAUACAUUUAAAUGACAUGACAUAUACGUAACAAAGCAUCUUUUACAUUAUUGAUUGCGCGUAAUUCAACUGUUUUAUCAAACAUCAACUGAAAAUAGCCAAUAAUAACUUGAUACAGUAGUAUUAAUCAUUAUCGCCUAUCAUUAUAUUUAAUCAAUUAUUGAACGAUCGAAGCAUCGCCAAUGAAACGUAUACCACACAUUUACAACAUGUACUAAUUUAUGAUUUAUUUAUUAUUCGCUCUUUCCGCGAAGUUCCGAUUCUGGUACCUAUCAUCUAUGUACAUCUAUCCACAUAAAGAAUGUAAUUCUUCACAUAAAUAAUACCAAAUAUUUAAUAAAAUCACAUGUGUAAUGAAACAGAUUUUUUUUCUUAGAAAUACAUUAAUUGUCAAAUGUGAAUAUCCAAAAAAUCGAGCACAAAAAUAUUAUUUGACUUAACAAAUUCACCGCAAUUUUGAACUUGAUCUCCGUAAUUGCAGAAGCAAUAUUAAAACUUUCGCAAAUCAAUUUUGUUGUAAAAUUUGUAAACAAAAUAUUUUAAAGACUUUCGGUGUUUAACGAUAAAAAAUUAUAUUAUGUGAUUUAUUGAAAGUGAAUGAUUGGAUUUAUACGUGCGGAGGGUGAAUUCUAUUCGAGAAUUAUUUAUUUUCCCGCGAUUACUUCUUGCUGAUUACUUCUAAUAAACACUCCGUAAAAUAUAGUCACGAUACACUUAAACAUUUUAUAAUCGUCUCUGAAAUUCGUGAGAAAAGUCUGCGUGUUUAUCAAAUGAUAUCAUAAUCAGUAUGACUGACACGCGAUGGGAUUUUACGUGUAAUCGAUCUAACAUAUAUGUACAUAAUCAGAAAUUAAUACUCGUGUAACGGCUUCUAUUGUAUCUUCUCCUUUUUAAGAUGAAAGCCAAGCUACACGUAACAGCAAAUGUUACAUACUACUCGACAAUUAAAAAAGUGCUCAUAAAACCAGAAAAUAUACGCAUUUCUAGCGGUCACUUCGAUAAAAUAAUUCAUCCAAUUUCUUGUUGGAGAGAACAAAAGAAAGCUCGACGAAGUUAGAGAAGAUCCCGAAAGAGAACUCGUCGAUGAUUUUGGCAUCGAUUAGGCGUGUAACGUUACCAAAAAAGACAAAAAAAACACAUAUAAAAAAAGGGGAAAAAAUGUCGCUCGAGGCGAAAUGCACAAUUUGUCACUUUUUCUAAGCAUGUCACGUUUGCCAAAAAUCAAAAUCGCUGAUACCUGCUUGCCACUUACACAGUGCACAGUGUAUUCGUUUGUCUGCGGGAGAUGUGCUGAAAAACUUGCGAGUUCCGUUAGUCGUCGAGAUAGCCUGACUCGACCAAAGAGCGAUGAUUGAAUUUGAUGCAUCAAAGCAUAUCGACGAUUUUGUACUUAUCAAAUCAAAUUAUAUUUUUACGUUUCGAAAAAGAGGAGAGAAGCAUACUAGAAAGAAUGAGAAAUAUAUAUCACCGGAUAAUAUUUGUCUUCGAUGUGUAAGAGUGAUGAUCUUAAUAGUGGCGGUAUUGUAAAUUAUUCGUAUCGAAAAGAGAAGUGCAAGCUCGAUGUGUGAACCGUUAAAUAUUUCACCAAACAAUCCUACGGUCUCGACCUUUAACUCUAGCCGAUUAAUAGUUGUUUUACGAUGUCAUAGAUAAUUUUUUUAUGAACGUAUAUAGUUCUCUAAUGAUUCCACUGGCAAAAAAGUCUUUUGCUUAUAUUUCGUGAAAUGUGUGAUUACCGAUAAUCAUAUAAAAUAAUAAAAACAAAUCCUUCUGUAAGAAAAAAUGAUACAAUAUUUCUUUCUCUGUCUCGAGAAAGUAUCAAAGGAUGACACUCUUUUACGAGCGCGAAGAAAACUGUAUUGUAAAUAGUGAAUGUAUGGCGAAUAAAUGGUCGAUAAGUAUAGCAAAACGAUUAGCGAAACAGUCGAUGUACAUCGUAAGUGUAUUACCAAAAUUUUCGUAAUUUAACGAUUGAUACGCGUUUAAGAGACGUACGCACAUGUACGCCGUAUAAAUACUUUACACGAAUGAAACGCAUUAUGUGACGCAGACGAAGAUAUCCUGACAGCCAUUGACCUGGCGUAAUGUCCUGUGAAAUUGUCCAAGAAAAGUAUUGCUUAUAUGAUCUUAAGUUACACUGUAAAUAUUGUAUAAUCCAUGUAUAAACACGACUGUAUUAGAUAAAAGACCUAUCAUUGUAGUUAAAUACGUUAUGAAUCAUUAUAACUAUAUCACUUCAACAAUAAACCAUUAUUAUGAUGAUGAAA